UCUUCGAUAGCAUCUGCCCACCACGCGUGACGCCGAGUAAGUCAUUGUGCAACGUGAAAGAUCAUACAAACUUGACAAUAGUGUUUCCCCAUAACAUUGUUUCUGAGCAUAGUACGGAACGCCCCGUAUAUAUGGUAUACGGACGGGGAAGACGACAGUUUGCGAUAGGAGUCGGUGAGAUGAGUCCGAAGGUGGUUCUGUGUUUUGGGUUACUUCUGGGUGCGGUGGCUGCGGAGUACAGUGAUGGUUUAAAUUUCAGGGGCUUCAUGCCUAGCUCCAGCUUCCGCACGGAGGACCAGCUGGCGGAGCCCUCGGCCAGGGUAGAGAAGAGCAGAGAAGAGAGGGAGCAGAACGACCGCGACCGCACGCAGCGCUUCGGGAUUUCCACCUACGGCACUACGGGGGCGCAGGGCCCGUAUGGCGGUUCCGCUCCGGGUCUAUACGGCCCCGUGAAGAUAGACCUGGGCGGUGUGCUGAUCGGGUCCAUACUCGGGUUCGGCGCCGUGCUGGUCCUACCUAAGAUCAUGCACUUGCUUUCGUAUGGCUAUGGUGGUGGAUACGGACGCAGUGUGGACACAGAAUCGUCCCAACUAUCAGACAUGCUGAACCGACUGGAUGAUACGCUGGCUCGGUACAAUAUCGACUCGGGUGCGUGUACGCAGCGGCUAGCAUGCUCUUAUGUUCAGCUGGCCAAUGAGAACAUGCAGGCUGGGAAUGCUACAGAGUUUGACGCUCUAUUGGCUAAUCUGUCCAGCAACUCGCUAGUCCGACGCAUGUUGGACGGGACAGCAAUAUUCGAAGCAGUGAGCGCGGGCCGCACGCACGGCGACUGUCAGCAACUUUAUCCAAAGUGCAAGCUGGACAAGAAAACCGUCGUCAAGGUGCUGACGCAGCUGGUGCCCUCGUAGGAUAGAUAUAGAUAAUAGUAUAAUAAAUUAGUAUUAGUCGUU